CCUCCAAUGGCGCCCGCCCCCACCACCCCCUCCUUCCUUCGGCCCCCGCCGCUGCAUCCCCACCGCAUCCGCCUGCCCGCCCCUCCUUCCUCCGCGUCCUUCCGCCUCUCCGAAAUCCUCGGUGGCCGCGGCCUCUGCAACGGCGAGGUCGGCAUCCGCAAGGAGCUCCUUUCGCCCACCCCGCCCUCACAUCCUCCGUCGACGCCCUCGGGAGACUCCUCGUCAGGAAGCGCCGAGUCGGACCCGCCGGCGGUGGACCCGGACGCAUUCGAGAAGGAGAUGAUGGGCCUCACGGGCGGCUUCCCCGGCGACGAGGUCGGGCUCAAGGACUUCGUCGCCAAGAACCCGCCUCCUCCCAAGAGAGCCCAGACGGACGGGAAAGCGUCCUCCGCCGUGGUUUCGGCGGGGCGUCCUAGGCCGCCGGAGCUGCCGUUGUUCCUCCCGACUCCAUUACUUGCGCACCUGCUGCUAUCCUGAUCCCGAUUGGAAGCCCUCGAGCUGGCACAAGAGAUUUUUCUGAAUUGAAGUACUCGGCCAUGUUUGGGGCCAAAUAGCAAUAUCCAAUCUACUACAUGGUGUAUCAAUCUAAGGAUGUGCUUCAAGGAGGUCCGGGGGUACUCCAUGCAGCCCCUGAAACCCCAAUUGAACUGGAUGUUCAUGGAGUCGAUAUGGUCUAAUCGGCUAAACAUUGCUGCCAACAGGCAUGUGUGCUGUCAGGAAACUGUGGGGGCAGUGGCCAGUGGGUCACCAUGUCCAUGGUCAUUACCUAGCUCGUGGUCCACGAACGCUGCUGGUCAUUGUUGUUGACCUCCAGCAUAGUCAUGUUCAUGUUACAGGAGAAGAAGGUUAAAUUCUGCAAGAGAGACUGGACAUGUGCAAACUACUUGGUGAGUGCGGGUCGAUUGGGAGUUUGGGACUCAUGGGACUUCCAUCGUGGAUCAAAUGAGACACUCAUGUGUGGAGCUGGAAGAGGUGGUGUCGCCGAAGGCAGUGCCAGCUAACGCAUGGAUGGCCAACGAAACCGAUCACCACGACCAGCAUGUAUGCAUCAUAUUAUCAAGCAUUAAGAUGUCAAGGCAUAACUUGCUGGCAGAACCAUUACCAAGCAUGUUGACCAUUUAAACGCAUAUGUUAUCGAACGUGGGAUGAUAUAUGUAGUUUUAUAGCAAUACACAUGCGCUUUGGGAUGUAUAUUUUGCAGCAAUACACAUGCGCUUUGGAAUUAAAUGGCUGGGUGAUUGAAGAGAGGAAAAAAAAUGUAUGCCCUCAAGUAAAAUGAUUAUCUAAAGAAAUGUCUUUUUAUAUUCCAUUGUUGUCCCGUUGCAUCGCACGGGCAUCUUACUAGUA